UGCCCCUACCUUUAACUCCGUGUAUGUGUGUACCUAUGUGUAUGUAUAACGUGUUGGCUAUACGUUUUCAUCCCGACUUGGGUUGGUGGUGCGUCCCUCUCCUAAAGGAUCUAUUUUGUUGACAUCGUACUUGCUGUUACGGGCAUGGUUGUGUUUUAAAAUUUAUUUUUCAACGUAAGCCGUUUCUUGUCUUCCUACAUCACGGUGUGACGUUGGUCCGUCAACAUUCUGUUGUAAUAUUUGAUAUCGGCUGUACAUUAUUUUUUUAAUCAUGACUCAAUUUCAAAAAUUGAUUUCAAAAAAAUUAAAUGUACACAAAUACUAUGUGCCUGAGAAAGUAGCUUUUUAUUGUUAAGUAGGUCUUGUCAGUGCACAGCGCGCGCACAAUAUACACACACGCACACGAAUAUACAUCCUGGUUCUUAAGAAUAAUACAAUUUUUUUCUUCAUUAUAUACGCGACUGAGUAGAAAGUGAAAGCAGCAGGCAGUUGGUGAUUGUCAAUGAUUGUGUGUGCGUGUUAAGAGUGUAUGUGAUUUACUUGUUACAUUCCGUUGUCAAUUUCGUUUUAAUGACUUUUUCGAUCAUUUUGUUAAUUAGUUUAUUACAAUAGUUAUUUAGUGACUGGUUGACGAAAAUUUUGUGGUCAUUUAAUUGCCUGGAUGGGGUGUAUAUCACCAUCAUAUGGAUAACAUUGAAGAGACAAUGAAUACAGGGAGUUAUCCUACUUUUGUGACCGCUACGCCGGUUUCUUCUUUUAAUACCUGCUCAAGUGGUAACAUUACUCAGGGAAACACAGGCAACAAAUAUACAAAUGUUCAGCAACAAACUGCUACAGUUAAUGCUAGUUCUGUAGUUAAUACCUCCAAUACAAGUGGACAAGUAGUUGCAUUAUUAAAUAGUGAUGAAGCUGGUGUUACUUAUUUAAGACCACUUGAUUCAAAUGGAUUUGCAGUUAAUUUGGCUGGUGUUGGAUCUUCCAGUCAACAAGGCCAAAUAUUCACAAUUCCUAUUACGGUUCCUGGUUCAAAACCUGGGGAGCAGAGCCAAACAAUACAAAUUCAAGUUGUGGGGCAAGGUGGUAUAUCGGGUGACAAACUUUUACCUAUGUUUGGUCCAGUAUUACAGUUAGCUGCAUAUAAUCAGCAAUUACAAGACACUAAUGGAAGUAUUCAGCUUCAAAUACAACAGGAAGGAGAUGGUUCAAAUGACCAAAUUCAUAAUAAUAAUAAUGAUUCAAUGCAAUCAUCAGACUUACUUCAAGAUGUUCAAGACGACCAAGAAAUAAUUCAAGAUGUUAAACCAGUAAUAAUCGAACAAAGUGGUACAGACACCAGUGGCAUACCAUUUCCUCUAGCAGUAGUAGUUAAUCAAGAUAUGGUAGUGCGAAGAAACCAAUUAGACAAUAAAAUGAUCAGCGAACAAAAAGAUAACCAGACGGAUAAAAGACUUAGGCUUCAAAAUGAACAAGAUUCUGGUAAUCAAUAUGUUAUGUAUUCUUCUAAUACAAGUAAUUCUGUGUCUUUGGCUGACUAUAUAUCAAUGAAUCAUGAUAAUUUACCAUUGGGUCAUUUUUUAAAAUUUUCUCCUGACAACAGUAAAAGAGAAAAUAUGGAGUCAUCUGGAACCCAUGAUGAUGGAAAUAGUGAAAUGGUAGUAUACGAGGAUACUAGUAGUCAAGAUAAAGGUAAAAGGAAAAAAAAGUACAAAAAAAAGCCACCUGCUGCUAGAAAGCCACGUCCUGGUCAAAUACACAUUGCUACAGCUUUAGAUGGUACAUUACUGUUUUGCUGUCCAGAAUGUAGUAUGGCAUAUCCAGAUAAAGAAAUGCUUGAACAACAUUUAGUUGCCCAUAAAAUAGAAAGAAGGUUUAUUUGUGACCUUUGUGGAGCUGGACUGAAAAGAAAAGAGCAUUUAGAGCGUCAUAAAUUAGGUCAUAACCCUGAACGUCCAUUUGUGUGUAAUGUUUGCUGCAAAGGUUUUAAGCGAAAAGAGCAUCUAAAUUUACAUGCAGUUAUUCAUUCUGGUGUCAAAACUGAAGUAUGUCCUGACUGUGGCAAAGGAUUUUAUCGUAGGGACCAUUUAAGAAAACACACUCAGAGUCAUAUUACUAAACGUCUAAAAGAAGAACAGGCUGCUCUUCAACAAAUGGCUGAUCAAGUGUCAACAUCUGAUCAUCAAAAAUUAUCUAUCCCUGAACUUGUACAAAAUACAAAUCAUUCAGGACCUAUCAUUAAUGUAGCACAUCAAGAAAUGAUAAUUGAUGCUGUAGCUAGUGGCAGAACUAGUACUCCUAGUCCUCCUAAUGACAACCAAAUUGUUAUAACUAAAGGUGACCAAAAGCUAACAGAACAAGAGCUCUUAAUGUUACAACAACAACAAAUUCAGCAGCAACAACAGAUUCAGCAACAACACCAACAACAAAUUCAAAUACAAAUCCAACAGCAACCUAGUAGUCCCAGUUUAGCUCAACAAGAAAUGAUAAUUGAAGCUGUAAGUGGACAGCAACAUCGAAGUCCAUCACCAGCACAUGUUGAACACCAUCAAGUGAUUAUUACCAAAUUGGAGUCAAAUGAGGAAAGUAAAGAAGGUGAUAGUAUUGUUUUAACUCAAUCUGAUGCUAGAGAAGCCUUAGAAUUACUGCAACAUCAGCCUCAAUGACCUUCGAUUUCAUAUAUUAUUGUGAAUAUCAAACAAGAACCACCAUGAAAUAAGGGUAUACUACAACAAAAUUGGUUUAUUAAUGUUUCAUAACUUUUAUUAUUGGACUUAAAAAUCUAAAAUGAA